AUGCCAGGAGCUAUUUCAAUAAGUGACGACGGCAAUACGGAGCGAUAUGAGCCCAUCGCUCAGCUUGACACAGUCGUCUUCUCCAAACUACUUGACCGAGACCCACAGCAGAUUAAGAAACUGAUAUCUUCAUGCGAGAAGGAUGGAUUUUUCUACCUGGAUAUCUCUGACCAGUACUCUGCCAGGAUGCUGGAGACAUUUGCAGAAUUGUCGUCUGCAAUGAAAGAAUGGUUUGCUCAGCCUACAGAAGUGAAGCUCAAAGAAUUGGCCAUAAGCAUGGCAUCUCAUGGAUAUAAACCUAUCGGAUCUCAAGCUGGAACACAUGGAGGCCGAGAUGGCUGGGAGGUUCUAAAGACUGGCAGCUUCGAACUCGCAGGCAGAUGGGGCUUGCCAAAAGUUGUGGAAGACAACUACGAGUCUUUUGCUCGAUUUCAAAGCCAGUGCCACUAUAUAACACAUGUACUUCUCGACCGAAUAUCCAAUGCUCUGGUGGUUCAUGUCCCCAUGGAUCCAACAGGAGAGAACGUUGGCCACAACGUACACACCGACUAUGGCACACUCACACUCGUCUUCGCACCCCAAUGGGGUCUGCAAGUCUUCUCCCCAGAAAACAAGGGAAACCCCGACCUAGAAUGGGAAUUUGUCGAGCCACGCCCCGGAUGUGCCAUUGUGAACGUUGCCGACGUCCUACGAUUCCUGACCAACGAUCGACUCAAAUCAGCUGUGCAUCGUGUCCUUCCUCUCCCAGACGUCGAUCGCUACUCGACGACUUACUUCCUGCGGCCCAGUGAUGAUCUGGAUUUCGUUGACGGGGAUGGAAACAUGACGAAUGUGUUGGACUGGUAUGACCGGAAGAAUAAUAUGUAUGAAGCUCCGUCGACCGCCCAAGAUCGGUCACUUCUUGUUGGUGGCUUGUAUAAAGAGCUUUAG